ACAACUCCCAGCGUGCCCCGCGCCCGCCGCCGCUCCAGAUGGGAAGCGGCGAUUGGUCGGUAGCGUAGAGCCAAUCGGCGAGCGCCUUGUUAGACCGGACCCGGGCCGGCCUGAGGAAAGGGGGCAAGAUGGUUCUGGAGAGCACCAUGGUGUGCGUCGACAACAGCGAGUACAUGCGGAACGGAGACUUCUUACCCACCCGCCUGCAAGCCCAGCAAGACGCCGUCAACAUCGUGUGCCACUCGAAAACCCGCAGCAACCCCGAGAACAACGUGGGGCUCAUCACCUUGGCCAAUAACUGUGAAGUGUUGACCACACUCACACCAGACACGGGCCGGAUCCUGUCAAAGCUACACACGGUGCAGCCCAAAGGGAAAAUCACCUUUUGCACGGGGAUCAGAGUCGCUCACCUGGCGUUGAAACAUCGCCAGGGCAAGAACCACAAGAUGCGCAUCAUCGCCUUUGUCGGGAGCCCUGUAGAAGAUAACGAGAAAGACCUGGUGAAACUGGCCAAGCGGCUGAAGAAAGAGAAGGUCAACGUCGAUAUCAUCAAUUUUGGAGAAGAGGAAGCCAACACCGACAAGCUGACCGCCUUCAUCAACACCCUCAACGGCAAGGACGGCAGCGGCUCCCACCUGGUGACGGUGCCGCCGGGGCCGUCGUUGGCCGAUGCCCUCAUCAGCUCGCCCAUCCUGGCCGGGGAAGGCGGUGCCAUGUUGGGUUUGGGUGCCAGUGACUUCGAAUUCGGCGUGGACCCCAGCGCCGACCCCGAGCUGGCGCUGGCUCUGCGCGUGUCCAUGGAGGAGCAGAGGCAGCGGCAGGAGGAGGAGGCCAGGAGGGCUGCAGCGGCAUCUGCGGCCGAAGCCGGGAUCGUGGCGAGCGGCGGGGACGACUCGGACGACGCUCUGCUGAAGAUGACCAUCACGCAGCAGGAGUUCGGCCGCGCCGGGCUGCCCGACCUCAGCAGCAUGACGGAGGAGGAGCAGAUCGCCUACGCCAUGCAGAUGUCCCUGCAGGGAGCAGAGUUUGCACAGGCGGAGGCGGCCGAAGUGGACAGCAGCACGGCCAUGGACACCUCCGAACCCACCAAGGAGGAAGACGACUACGAUGUGAUGCAGGACCCCGAGUUCCUGCAGAGCGUCCUGGAGAACCUGCCGGGCGUGGACCCCAACAACGAGGCGAUCCGCAACGCCAUGGGCUCGCUGGCCUCGCAGGCUGCCAAGGACAGCAAGGACAAGAAGGACGAGGACAAGAAGUGAGGGGACAAGCGGGGGACACUGCUGCUGCCCCUCCGGGGGUGAGUCGGUGCCCGGCCGGGGCCCAGCGGCGCGGGGGGGUCUGCUGUGACAAUAAAGGAUUUGCACGGG